GUCAGCCCCCGUACAUGAGUCACGAAACGUUCCAACAAAUUGCUUUUGAAGGCGCUGAAGGAAUCUAGAAGACCAAAUCCAAAACACAUUCUACAGCUACAGGGAGGAGGAAACUGCAGUUCAAUAUCGUUAUGUUGAUUGUUUCUGUGUGGAGGUGCGGCAGUCGUUGCCAUGACAGCAUGUAGUUGGCAAACUCCUCUCUUACCGUCGAUUAUUGACAAUUGACAAUUGCUAUGGUCAAAUUGUCGAAAUCUUGGCGUGUUUCAGACGAGACGAACCGCAGUGACUUUGUCUCGUGGAAUGCCGCAUAAUGUUGUUAGUUGAGCAAUGAACAAUCUAAAAAGUAAUUCACAUCUUUCGGGUUUGGUGCACCAACUCCAUUUAAAUCUUGAAUCCUGAUUCGAUAGAUGUUGCCAGGACACCACAAGAAAAAGCUGUUCAGUAAUGCGGUAUCAUACUACGACUAUACCUUCAACCGCUAUGAGUCCUGAAUCAAACUAAUUAAAAUGGGGACAUCUGAAACUGAUGCAGUAGUCGCAUAUUCAGGUACAGAGGAGGAAGAAGAAGAAUAUUAUGAACAAGAACAUCUACCUCCACUCCUUGAAGAUGAGGAGAACGUGUCGCUGGCAGAUAUCCUCUCCUUGCGGGACAGUUGUCUCUGUGAGGAGGAGGUGUGGGCGGUGUGCGUGGAGUGUGUGUCGGCCCUGCAGAGCAUCGGCCCUUCGUCUCUCUUUCACACCUUGUGUAUAACACCCGACACGCUUGCCUUCAACGCCCAUGGCAACGUGUGCUUCAUGGAGCAGCUCAGUGAUGAUCCUGAGGGCUCCUUUAUACCUCCUGAGUUUGACAAGACUGGCUGUACGUUUGAGGGACACGUGUUCUCUCUGGGCUCCACCCUCUCUGCGGCGCUGGACUUUGUGAUCGAGCCCGAGCUGGAGGCGGAGCUGGGGGAGGAGACUCAGAGACUGCUGGAGCAGAUGCAGGAGGAGAGGCCAGAGGACAGGCCACGUCCACAGGACAUACUCUCCCUGGCCGAAUCCAAACUAGCUCACACUUCCUCUGCAGCCGUGUGCAGAAAGCUCUCCUCCAUUGGACGGAGAGUCCUUUCCAUAGAAUCGGUCUCCACUUUCCAAGGUCGCCACACGCCGUGUAUUCAUUGUAUGCAUUGGUACCUGCUGUGGUCCUCUGUGUGUGUGGAACCACACGGUCUGCGUUUCUCCACAGAUGGCCCUGAGAGCUCCUGGGAAGCCAGGUGGCAGCAGCCAAAGAGCAGCCGGCAGCUCCACAGGACCAGCUCAGAUGACAGCACCCAGGACGCGGACCCAGAUCCCCCAGGUGAGAGGCUGCAGUCGAACGGCCUCUCCAGGAGAAACGUCUGUGGGGCCUGGGACGUGUCCCUCUGGACCGAGGUGAUGGGGGAGGGAGACGGGGAAGGGGAGGCCCAAGGCGAGGACAUCUUUGGGGCCCCGUCAGACUGCCGGUCUCAGAACAGCUCCCCAGUGCGGCGGAGAGCGCAGGAUCGAUCUGGCAGGGUGAGGGGAGCCCUCAACCGCUCCUGCUCCGUCCCGGAUUCCAACAACCCCCCCUCCCUGCCCCCAACCCCCCACGGGGACAUCAGCGUACCCGUGUGUGAUCUGACAGAGAUAGGGGCUGAGGGGCACGUUAUGUCCCACAGACCAGUGUGGAGUAACAGGCUCCACAGAGGGGAGCAGGGGAAGGGCCCGUCUGACUGUUCAGAGCCGUGUGGGAUCUCAGUCGGGGACAGUGGGACACGUGAGGUCACCCAAGACCAGCCUGUCUGUCGAGGUGCAUCAGAGUCUGAUACUAGUCACAGUGGAGCUCAGGACAGAACGUCCUCCUCCUCCAGUCAGGACCCGGAAGCAUCGCUCGACUCGACCAGCGACGAGACUCCAGCGCACAACCACCUCUACACUCCUAAUAACCACAUGACCAAAAGCAUGCUGUGCCUCAAUGAAGAAUCUCAGGAUGAGUGGAUCUCUCUAAGGGAGCUGCUCACACAGUGUGGGCGGAGGCUGUCUGUUAACGAGCUGUGGGCUCUGUGUCACACCUGCCUGUCUACACUCCAGACCUACAUCGACUAUCCAGCCUUCCUAUGCCUGGAGACCGUCUAUGUGGGCUGUAAGGGAGAAAUGCUGUUCCUGAAAUCUAGAAACACAGGAUCUUGUGAUGCCUUUUUUCUGGCCCCUGAGUUUCAGGAGCAUGGGAUCGUAACUGAAAAGGCCUGUGUGUAUGGAGUGGCUGCAAUACUCUGGGCCACCGCCAAGUUCAGCCUGACGCCCAAUCAGAAGCUGGCCAUGCCCCGCAAACUGAAGAGGUUACUCCUGGAGAUGGCCAAGAGAACCCCAAUAGAAAGGCCUUCCAUUGUCAUGGCCAAAAAGAGCUGCAGGGACUACCUGUUCCGCCAGGGGACCAGCGCAGAGAUUGUCUGGAAGAAACUCAUCAGCAGAGUGCAUCAGCCACACUCUAGGGCCGUAGAUAGAGAGGACCGAUAUGGGCUGGAUAGUGAAAGAAGCUCAAGUGAGGAGCCAACACAUAUCAAGAGUGGAUUUGUGCCCACGGCCACUGAGAGCCGAUUGGCUCCUGUGCCUGGCCCUCUUCCCCAUAGCUAUCCAAUCAGCAGGAGCCUGCAGCUCCCGGAGGCUUUCACUUCCUCUGCCACACACUUCACCCCCAUCAUCCUGACCCAAGAGCGAGACCCAGACGAGGAGUGUCCUCCACCUGCAUCUGACAGUCAGGGAACUGUGGAUGAAUUCACAAGAGGCAGUCACAGUCAACACGCACAAGACAAGGACCUAGACACCACCCCACGCCGUGAAGCCCCGCCCCUAACCCAGGAAGACAGAUACCUGCAGUCAGACAGGCAGGGAGGAAGCCUUGUCAAUCAAAGAGCCACACCAAACUUCUCCUUCACGGCCUCCAGUGCCAAUACACUGGUCAGCUCUCCAUCACUGACUGCCUCUGAAUUGUCCAAUCGGGAAGCAAGAAUCCCUCCUCUUCUAAACUCAUCCUGCUCCCAUCUCACUGGCUGUGGUGUUUUUAAUAACUUCCUCCUUCGUCAGGACCUCCAGACAGGGUGUCUCACCUUAGUGCCUGUUCACAUAUCUGCUCCAGACGCGACCCCUAAGUUGGAGGUCAGUCUUCCCUUUUCAUCCCACUCCCUCCAAGGCCAACCCAUUCUUCCAGGAGAGCUUGGAGGUGACUUUGUGGGCCUAACGAUGACCUCUAGAGACCAGCCGACUCUUUGCCAGGAGUCCGAAGCCCCCCAGCCCUACCCUGACCCAAGGCCCAUCACCUGCAGCCCCCCCCCGGACCCCACCGAGCCCAUGUCAGAGUCCUCCAGUGGGGAGACAUGCUCCAGGGCAGAGGGGGAGUCACUCUCCUCACCCCAGAUCCAUCCUGCCCUACAGGAGGUCAUUGCCCUGCUCAGGGGAGAGUUUGCCUUUGAUGGUUAUCUAGAGAAUGGAGAGGAGGACCUGGCUAUGGGAGAGUACAUCUUCUCCCUGAAGGACCUACAGUACCACACGUUUGCCAAUGUCGUGAAGGAGAAGUUUAGAGAUCUGUACUGGGAGGAGGACUUACUGGGAGUGCUCUACUGUCUGGUUAACUACAACCUAUCGUCACUCGUCUCUAAUGAACAGCCUCCAUCAAAGCCUCGUCAAAGGGCAGCCAACCCACCCCUGAGAGGGAGGAGAGAGGAGAAGGAACCGGUCCCACGUCGUCCACUCGACCUGAACGCCAACGUGGACCUCAGUGACCCGGGACGUCCAGAGGUGUGGGAGAGAACUGACCUCGGGCAGGAGGCUGGACUCAGAGCCCCCCAAACGGAACCAUCACACCGAGAUACUGAAGGCAGAACUGUCCACGCUGGAAAAGGAUCCCAACAGGUUAUACCAGUGGAGUGUUUACACCAUGGCUGUCAAGGUCUAGGUGUGAAGGCUGCCGAGGACUCGGCUGCGGGGGCCAUGGAGAGCGGGGAUCAUCCAGUGGGGGGCGACGAUGAAAGCCCCUCUGAAGCCAGCUCUCCCUGGGGGAGAGAUGAGGUCCCAAGAGGGGGUCACCAGGGCCAGACCAGCCCUGACUGCUCAGAGGACAUGGAGGAUACAGACUCUCUGGUGUCUGAGCGCCUGCUCUCUCCCAGCUCUGGAGCCGAGGAACAGGGUCUUAGCCCUUGCCCGUCUUGGGCCCUGGCGUUCCACGGGGAAGACUGCUUCAGCCAGGAAGUGGUCAACUACACCCUGAACCUGGGACAGCACGCCGAAUCUCCUUGUCUGGAGCAGAAAACACAGGAGCUUCAACAGCAGCUGAUAAUAGAGACUAGGAAUCUGAAAAAGACCAGAAAUUUCCACCAAAGGCUGCUCCAUCAGGAGAGGAAAAACAGAGGUUCUGAGACCAAGCUCAUGCUGUCUAAAUUAAAGGGCCAACUUGAGGAGCUCAAAACCAAAGUGGAGUUUCUGGAUUCAGUGAAGAAAUAUCUUGAGGUGUUGAGCAUCGAUCGGUGGGGUGUAGAGGCAUCCUUACUCCCCUCCCUGGCUGCACGUGGUCCUGGCUCUUUGAAGCUCCAGGCCUCUGAGGACUCUACGGUGCUCAGCUUUGGGACAGGCAGAGGGAAGACCACUUUGCAGGCUGGAUCCCCCUUUGGCCUCAUGGCCUACUUGUAUGCUAGAAAUGCACCUUUGGAGGGCUAUAUCCAGCAGUUCCUGUACACUUAUCGUUAUUUCUGCGCUCCAGAGGAGUUCCUACAGUUCCUGAUGGAUAACUUCAGCAGAGCGGCAGGGUACAGCUAUAUGAGUGAUUCAGACAUAGACGGUGACAGUGCUAAGGUGUACCAUCGCAGUCUGGACCUGUUGGAGGCUUGGCUGGCUGACUGGAAGCUGGUGGACUUCAGCCCAGAGUCCAGUCUACACAACACCCUGGAAAACUUCCUCACCUCCAAGGUUUCUCCUGUGGACAGCAGGGGGGAGAGCCUUCUAGCCACACUCCAGCGUUCUCCAAGGAAGAGGUGGAGCCAGGGGUCCAGCAGCCCAAUCAGCAUGCAGGAGGAGGACUUGCAAUCUGUCCACUCCUUGUAUAGAAAGAACUCCAUUGAGGACCCUGGGAGGAAGAGCUUCCAGUGGAGGUUCUCCAGAGUGGUGGAGCCCCAGGCAUCCCUGCCCAAGGAGAAGGCGUACUCCAUAGCAGCAGCCCUGCCGCGGCCCUGCUACAGCUCCCUGAUGGAGGACCUGUCCAGCGUCUGCCUGCGCAGCGAGAAGCGCCAGCCCUUCAGCCAUAACGAGCACGGCGCUCAGCACAUAGCACAGCAGCUCACCAUGUUGCAGCAGGAGAUGUUCCAAGGCUGUCACCCAGUUCACUUCCUGAAUUCUAGAGCACAGGGAGUGAGAGAUAAGGCGACUUGCAAGAGUGUGUCCCACCAUCUCCCUCCAGCAGAGGGCAGCAGUCUCUUUGUGUGUGAUGGGCCAACUCUGGACAGCCCCCUUCAGCAGCUGCUCAGAUAUGCUGACAGUGUCACCAACUGGGUCUCAGCUGAGAUCGUUAUAUGUGACUCUGUAAAGACGCAAGCAGCUUUGCUGACCAAGUUUCUGUUAACUGCUAAACACUGCUAUGAGUCCAGAGACUUUUCUACAGCCAUGCAGAUCCUUGGAGGGCUAGAGAAUGUGAUUGUACGGCAGCUACCGGCUUGGAAACAUCUGUCUGCUAAAGUGUGUGAGAUUCUAGAGGAGCUUCGUGCUGUGCAGGUCUUUCUGAAGAGUGACAACCUGUGUCUGAUGGGUGGAGAUCAGGGGAGGAGGAGACCCACCCUCCCCUCCGCCCACAUCCUGGCUAUGCACCUUCAGCAGCUGGAGAUUGGGGCCUUCACCCUGACCAGCGGGGCCUACAAAUGGCCCAAGCUCAGGACCAUAGCGAAGGUAGUGAGCCAGGUGCAUGCGUUCCAGGACAGCGUGUUCUCCUACAGCGCUGACCCAGAGCUCCAGGCUUACCUGAGGCUGCGCAUUGCCCACCUCAGCACCUGUGACGUCCACCUGCUGGCCGCGGACAACGACGCCAACUUCCACCAGCUCCACGCAGAGAGACACACACGCCUCAUCCAGGACACUCUGAGGAGAGUGAAGGCAACCUUCCAGUGACUCCCAGACAGGAAUACUGGAGCCUCUUUAUCCCCUUGGCAACGAAUAGUUCCGAAAGAAUGUGUGGAAGGAUAUCUUUUUGUGAUAUUGUUUUGGUUGAUUAUAUGUGCGAUGGCAUAUAUCAUAUCAUUCAUAUCAUUGUUUUUUUGUCACAUGCCUCUCCACAGGAGCAUGUCCUGGUUGAGUUGAAAAUCACUCGUAACCUUCUAAAGGCACAAUGCCUGAAUUUGAACCAUAACCUGAAUAGAGAAUGCGAAGCUACGUCAUGCUGCGUUGCAUGCAGCUACCAUCUUGUGAGGCUCAUGCUAACCCUAUCCCUAGGAAAAGACAAAGGAAGUGGGCCUAACUGGAACCAACUGAAUGCCAAUGGCAAGCAAUUAUAUUUGGAUACAUUUAACACCAUUAACAACAAUGGUUUAAUGCAGCAGGAAUGAACUACCAUUGUAAUAUUUUCCAAAAUUUAAAAGAAUAUCAAAACCCAGCCGUAAACACACUAGCAGAAAAGAAGCUUGACCCUCAUAAUAUUGUGUUGACACUAAACACAGUUUUAAAGACACAGCGUGACGUCAGCUUGUAUCACCUGACAUUUUUAUUGAAAUCUCUUUUUUAGAUGAGAAAUGAUUGUACUAAAAUGAUCUUUACUUUGGAUCACUAUUGACGUCAAGACAAAUGUUUAUGUCACGGCCACAGCCGUGCCCCCCUAUUGUUUUUGGUUUUGCCCUGCCCUAGUGUUUCCCUGUCAUUGUCGUCACCUGUCUCGUUCAGUUGUCGUUAGUUUCAUUGUGUUCACCUGUGUCUUAUUUGUUUCUGUGUAUUUAGGUUCCUGCUUUGUGUCCAGUCUUUGUCUUAGCAUUGUCCUUUGUCCCUGAGUGUACCCUGUCUGUUUCCCGUUUUGAGAAUUAAACCUGUGUUCCUCGCUAUGCCUCGGUACUCCCCUGGAUUUGGGUCCAACCCCACCUCACGUCAUGACAGUUUAUCUCUCAAAGACCCGUAAUUACUUGCUUGUCAGACAUCAAUUAGCACCACCUAAAUGACAGCAAAUGUAAAAUGUUGAUAAUAGUAAUAAGCUGUAUGGGUUUUACAGAUUUCAACAUGGAAGUAAUGGUUGCACUAACCAUUACAGUUUGAUUAAGGUAGGCUAUGGCUUACAGCAAUACAAACAGUUUGUCAAGUUUCAGUAGCCUAUUGCUCUCAGACAAUGCUGUUAUCUUUCAUACUGUUUAAGUGCAUCUUGCAAAAUAAAAAUAAUUAGUGUGAACAUCAAACAACUAAAAUAGAUUUUAGUCAAUCAUGUGAAUAGCUUACAUGUACUAGAACAAAAAGAUCUACAACAAUAUAUCAAUGAUCCUAGGCCUACAUGUUCACAUCAAGCUUUAGCAAACUCAGUUUGUGUUGUCACUUGUUCUUAUCUUGUUUGUUCAUGAAUAUAGUGUAGAUACUAUAGUCCAUGAACAAUGCCAGAUGUGCCAUUGAUCAUGCUCAAAAGCUGUGGCAGGUCUCUUUCAAUAA